UGAUUAGAUAAUAUGAUCAUCGUAAGGCAUAUGAUAUGUGUUAAGUUUCACUUGGGCUAAACAAAAUUUAUACUAAUUAAGUAUCUUUAUCCAAUUAUUUUAACUCUCAAUAAUUGGUUUAGAGUUUGUCCGGACUCGAGAAACACGAAUUAUUAUAUGUUUUAUAAUAUAAUAAAUUUCAGUGUCUUGGUUUUACAAAUCUUGAUAUGUUAUCCUAAAUGGGAUGUGAUAAUUGAUAAACCUUCACGAUAUGAAUUUUUAUUAGAGAAUAAUAGCAUCAUAGGUGAGUAUGCUAAGUAUUGAGAAUUUUUAAUAUAAGCCCAUUGCAUACUCGCUUAUAAAGUGAGAGUUUCAAUAAUGCUUUACUAGGUAAAUGGUUAUGGAAAUAUGUUUUGGAAAGAAACAGUUUGUGGAGGCAGCUUCUCAACUUAAAAUAUCCCAAUCCAAUUUCAGAGUGGAAAGCUAAGAAGAUGGAGGAAGGGUAUAACAGUUCUAUUUGGGCAAAUAUCUGCAAGGUCAGUAAGUUGUUCUGGAAAGCAGCAAGUGUCGAUCCUGGCCCAGGUAUCGCAAUCUCUCUUUGGCACGAUAACUGGAUCCCUGGGAAGUCGCUGGCAGAGUCUUUCCCGCAAGCUGGUGCUGCUACUUUACCCAACGCUAGUAUCCUUGACUCUGUGUCCUUCUCAGGUGAGAUAAUUUUGUGGGAAAUUCCUUUCUCUAUUUCUUUACGGGGUGGAGAAGAGUCUGAGAGAAAUACCUUCUUUGAAGUGAUCAAUUCCAAUUCUUUUAGAUUAAAUUAUAGUCCAUGUCGUAUGUUGUGGAAUCCGGACACAGAAAAGUCGUUCUCUGUUAGUUCUUUUUACAUGUGGCAGGGGAUGAACGGUUCCAUGGGGUGGCUGAGUGUCAUUCCGCUUUGGUAUGGAAGAUCAUUAUUCCCAUGAAAAUCUGUGGUUUUAUAUGGCUUGUUUGGCAUAAAAAAAUUCUGACCAUGGGCAAUCUGAAGAGACAAGGACUGCAACUGGCAAAUCGGCGCGUCUUGUGCCUCAAAAAAGAAGAAACUAUUAACCAUGUCUUGGUUGAUUGCAGUUAUACCAGGCGCGUGUGGAGUGAUAUUUUUUAUCAACGACAUCCCUCUGGACCUGUCUUCUGGUGAAAUCUCUACGAUCAUUAACUGCAAUGAGCAUAGCAGCCUUGAUUGUGUUGAAACUUGGAUCAAAUACUGCUCUAUUCAUACAUAGGGGUGGCAGUCGGUCGGUUUCGGUUUAACCAAAAACCAAUUUCUCGAUUUUUUGUUAAAUUGAGAAACCACCUCUCAUUGCCGACCACCGAUCGUGAGUGACACCACGGCUAGCUGACCAUCGACCGGUCGGGUAUCGAUUUUGGUACGGUUAGCCGCCUACCCGAAAACACUCCCUUCUCCAAAACAAAUUCAUUAAAAAUUAUUUAUAAAAAAAAAAUCAACGAAAAUCCCUACCAUUAAAUCCUUAUCUUCUUCCUCCUUAUCUCUGCUUCUCUCUCCUUCCUUCCUCCAAAAAGACCCACCAGAGACCAGCCCUUUUCUUCCUUCUCUCUCCUUCCUCCAUUUCAAACCCACAAGACACCCGACCACUCCUUCCUUCUCUCUCCUUCCUUCCUUCAUUUCAGGUUUAGACACCAGUCACCACGGCAGCCGGUCGCGGAGGAGAAGAAGAGGCACAACGGCGGCCACAGAGGAGAGCGAAGGGAGACAUCCCCGGCGCAGGAGAGGCGAAAAUGGGGAGGGCAGGGAUGGCGAUGGGAGAUGCGCGGAGGCCUGGGGGUCGUCGAGGAUGGGAGAUGGCGAUGUCAGAGAGGAAUCGGCAAGGAGAAACGACGCUAUCUCUGGCUCUGGCUCGCGGUGCCCGGUCGUCGAGGAGGGCGGGGAGGGGAGACGGAGUCGUCGAGGAGGGUGCCUGGGGUUUGGAUGGCGGAGGCGAAGGUAAUGACAGAGUUGGGCUGGGAUUUGGAUGGAGGCUGGGCUGGGAUUUGGAUGGCGGAGGGCUGGGAUUUGAGUAUGAAGAAGAAAGAAUUAGGGUUGGGGUUUGGCCGAAGGAGGGGGUCGUUUUCAGUGUUAGUGAACGACAACGUUUUAUUAAAAGGAUGGUUGGUCGGUUAUGUUCGGUUAGUCGGGUAACCGCGGUUAAUCAUCCUCGGUUACUCGGCUAGCCGAAAACCAGCUUUAUUCCAACGAACACCGACCGAGGCAAAUAACCGUUGGUUUUCGGUUAGCUACUUACCGGCAGUUAUCGGUUGAACUGGCUGGUUAGCCGCUAACCGGAAACCGAACUACCACCCCUAUUCAUGCAAUCUGCUGGUAUGUUUGGAAGGAGAGAAACCAGAGGAUUUUUCAAGAGACGGGUUGUACAUCAUAUAUAUAGUUGCUAGGAAAAUUAUCAGAGCAAUCAUGGAGUGGAUCACUGCACAUAGAAAGAUUGGGAAGGAACAGGAUAUUGGUAUUGCUUUUAUGCAAUCAUGGCUUCGCAGAAGGUCAAGCACUAGUCAAGAUCAUUACGUUGGGGGACCUUAGCAAUGUUGACUGUUGAGUGUCCUGUGUUCGGCUUGGAGUUUUUGUGUUUGGUGGAAACUUGUUUGUCUACCUUCUUUCUUUUCUGCUCUAUUUCUUUUCCCUCUUCUAAACUUUUGAACUUUUUUGGACUUUGAUUUAUUAGUUGUUUCUCACGCCUUGUGGAACCUGCUAAUUGAACUUUUUCAUUUUUAAUAAAGUUCAUUACCAAUACAAAAAAAAAGUGAGAGUAUAAAAAUAUAGAUGAUUCAAAAGAUUUUAAACAUAUAGAUAAAUCAAUAUGAUAUAAAAGAUAAAUGAAACUCUCCGGUCAAUAAGUCGGGUAAGAAACUAGUUAUACUUAUAAUAUUCUUAUUUAUGAUGCGUCAUUUCUUUACAAUUUUUUUAUGAUUUAGUGCCAAUUAAACAAAUAAAGUAUGAACCAUUCG